AUGGGCUCACAGCAAAAAUUAACAGUAACUUUGCAACAAACGUCACCUGGACAACAUCCUCCAAAUGGACACGGGGAAAGACCGUUUGGACAAUCACCUCCCUGGUUUUUCAGAGAUCCUGAGUUUGAUUUUGUAACAACAAUUCCUUUCUUCAAAGUUGAAAGAAGAGGAGCAUCUCUUUUCCGUCCCAGAUUUGCCCCAGUGACGAUAAAGACGUUGAAAAUUAUGGUGACGAGAACAAGAAGAAUUAAU